AAGCGCCGCGGCAGACGAGAGGCCAGGGCGGGCUGCGGGGGCCUCGCCACAUCCCCCGCCCCAGCUCCGGGCGCCGCCCGCGAGGAAUGAGGUGGAACCAUCGAAAUGAGUUGCACAAUUGAGAAGGCCCUAGCUGAUGCAAAAGCACUAGUGGAGCGACUGAGAGAACAUGAUAAUGCAGCAGAAGCUCUGAUUGAACAAACUACGGCACUCAACAAACGAGUGGAAGCAAUGAAGCAGUACCAAGAAGAAAUUCAAGAACUUAAUGAAGUAGCAAGACAUAGGCCCCGCUCUUCACUGGUGCUGGGAAUCCAGCAGGAAAACAGGCAGAUCAGGGAACUACAGCAAGAAAAUAAAGAAUUACGUACUUCUCUUGAAGAACACCAAUCUGCCUUGGAGCUAAUAAUGAGCAAAUACAGAGAGCAGAUGUUUAGGCUGCUCAUGGCCAGUAAAAAGGAUGAUCCAGGUAUAAUAAUGAAGCUAAAGGAGCAGCACUCUAAGGAGCUACAAGAACAUGUGGACCAAAUCACAGAAAUGGCAGCAGUCAUGCGAAAGGCCAUUGAAAUUGAUGAACAGCAGGGUUGCAAAGAACAGGAACGCAUUUUUCAGCUUGAGCAGGAAAACAAAGGACUGAGAGAGAUCCUGCAAAUAACUAGAGAAUCAUUCCUGAAUCUCAAAGAUGAUGCAUCAGAAAGUACAUCUCUGUCAGCAUUAGUAACGAACAGCGACUUGAGCCUGAGGAAGAGUUGAAGAUCCUAUGGAAAUUUUGUAUGGCCAACUGCACAUAAGAUCAUAAAGUAUCAGGGUUCACUUGUCAAGCGGCUGUUUCCCAAUGCAGCCUUGACAAGAUAAUGCAUUCUAAAUUAGAUGGCAAUUUGAUACUUUUUAUACCAUGUACAGUACAUUCAGAUUUAUUUAAAAUUGUCAUUACUGCCCAAUAUUGAUUACCGGAAACAUAAUUUCUGAAGGAAACUAGCUAACAUCCGUUAAAGUUUUAAAAACAGCACCACCCGGAACAGCUGCAAAACUACACACAUGUAUUUAGAAGGUUCAAACUACUACUCCUAUAGGGUGCUUAGAAAUAUACAUAAAAACAGAAGUUCCUGCUCUCUUGGGCACAUUCACAACAUCAUCUACCCACAUACUUAUUCCAUUCAUGGACUGAACUUGAAGAAAAUCAGUUGUUUUGAACAGUACUGAUUGUCUUACACCUUUAGUCUCUAUCUGCUUCAAGUCAUGUGACAUUUUACAAAUGGGUUGUAUUUAAGAAAAAUAAAAAACAAGGUACCAAAUAAAUUAAUGCAUUGUCUUUUUUUAGGUACAAUUCUUUUGUAAAAUAUUGUAAUCUCUCUAGUGAGGAAGGGAGAAAGUUGGGUUUUUCUUGCUUGUAGGAAAGAUUGCAACAAUUGUUAAUACCUGUACUCAUUGGUAAUCUAAAUAGAAUGAAGUCUGAGGUCUAAGAUCAAUCUGUAGCUAAUAGUUACAGUAUUGUUGCACAUCCAGCACACUUCUAACAUUAAUUGCCUUUCAGAUAAUUGGUAGUGGCUCCUUAUAGUGGAAAGAAAUGUCGGGAGUCCAGGGAAAUAGUUCUAUUUCACUUCACCAAAUAAUGGGUUUAAAAAUACACAGCUUGCUUUUCAGUUGUAAAUAAAUCAAACCUAGCAAGCCCCACACCUGCUUGUAGACAAGGAAGUAAUCUAAUGAACUUGAGAUUCUAAAUCCGCUAUCUUGUGGUCGCUACACUAUAUUCAUUUUCCAAAGAAAUGUAAAAAGUACAUAAUUUUUCAGAAUAUUUUUCUAGAUCAAUAAUAAUUUUGCUCAGCUGUUUAGUGUGAAGCACUUCAUUUUCUUCCACUAUAAAUUAAACACAGAGGCUUGGAUUCAGUAGCUGUCUAUGGUGUUAAUGUGUGUGCACUCUAGGUUUCCCACUGCAGCUCCCUAUAUCCUCUGGGAAGUCACUUCGGAAGAGUUUUCAGAAUGGUGUGUGCAGGGCUGCGGCCGAGGGGGGGCAGAGAAUGGGUUCCCGUUCCCCUGGGGUUUCCAGUUGUGCGUGACACACUUUGGGAUCCAAGCCUAAAUAUAGAAGCUGCUCAUCUACUAAAACAAGUUGAAGUUUCAGUAAUAUUUUUCUGAAGCACCUGGAACAUUAUUUCUGUGUGUCAGUCUUCUGACAGAUGAGAGAUGCCAAAAAAUAACAUUGUGGAACAAUAAGAUUAAUUUGCUCUGAUAUACUCAACUUUGACCAUUUGUCAACCAGAAACAAAUAUUAGAUAUUUGAUAAGAAAUCCCAUUCUUCAAGCAGCAUGAUGGGCUGCAGUUAUUUCUUAAGUACUUUGCAGAACGCUCCUGUGUCUGAGAGGUAUGCUAUUCUAGUAGUCAUGUACCAGACAAAGGAAAUUUUAAAAUGAACAGUUUACGGAGGCAAAGCUUCAGAAGCAGCAUGAGAUACAUCCUUGAGGAAAUCUAGAGCUAAAUCUGGACAAUUUAGAAACAUGUAGAAAAGCGGUACUUAACUUGGCCUCAAUUUAUAAGCAAAGUAGUAGCUACGCUUUAUUCAUAAUACAAUAUUUUAUUUAGAUUGCAUUCACAAAUGGUACCGUGCACACUCAUCUAAUAAAACUACAUCACCUGCACUAUCAGCCCAAAUAGUAGCCAGCUGGAAUAUCUGUUUAAUCCUAAACAUUUGCAAUGACAUAUCUAGGCAUAGGGCUGGAUUUUUUUGAUGCUAAAAACAUAGCUUUUGAAAAUACAAGCUGGUCAAAAUAUGUGACUUCUAUUUCAACUUUAUUUAAAACAUUUUGUCUUCUCUCAAUCUGUUUAGUCUGCUCUGGUGUAUGCAGUUAAUUGUGGUAGGCACUAAAGCAACUUUAAAAUAAUUGACAAAUGAACAUAAUUUAUUAUUACCGCAAUGGAAAGGAACUGGUUUAUAAUUUGCGCUUAGAAAUUUUAUAAUCCGACUUUCUCAAACAAAUUGUUUGUCAAAUAAAUUAUUAGCCUAAGCACAAACCUUUUGUAUACAUUUUUUUCUUCCAGGUGGACAAGAGUGAAUUUCUAGAAGCUCUACUUAAUCCUCUCUGUAAAUUAUGAAAUAUUUAUGUAAAUAGUUUAACAAAAACUUAUUUUCAUUAUAUUUGGAGUGUAAAAUACUAACUAAAAUGCAGUCAUCUCCAAGCUUGUGGAAUGGAUGUAGUAGUAAACUCACCAGUAAUUCUGUACGGAAAAAGAGGCUUGACUAAUGAUUUGUAACUGUAAAUUAUUGUGAUUGUCUAGUUCAGAUUUCCGGUUGUCUUGAGUAUUAUUCUUUUGCAUGCCCAAAGCAGCAUAACUUUCUCGGAAUGUGGCAUGAGUUUUCCUUAUAUCAUUAUUUUUGUAAGGCAGAUGCUUGUAGUGACCUUGAAAUGCAUCCUGUACAGUAAACUUAUUUUUGCCAGUA